AGGCUCGCCCAGACCCCGGCAGAUAACUGAAACCACAGAAGGCUCUGGAAUCCCGAGAAACAAGAAAUCCACCAACGGGGAAGGAUUUAUUAUCUGUUUCCUUUAAGGAGGGUGCAAAGUCGUUCUAACAGUUUCCGUUACAGGGGUACCAACUGACUGCUCCUCCCAAACAGCCGCUUUUGUUGAGUUAGUUUUUUUUUUUUUUUUUUUUUUGGCCCCACUUCCUGCGUGAAGGAGGAGAAAGGGGCCCUGGGGGGUGUUCUCUGAGGCUUCCCAGCCGCGCUCUUUAGUCACCGGAGAUGGGGCUGACGACCCAAGUAGGACAGAAAGGUCCCGGGCGGCUGGACGAGGGGAAAGUCCAGGGGAUCCCCCCACUUUCUUGGCGCCCAGGACGCGGGGUGCCGCCGCUGGCCGCAGAAACCCCAAGAAGGCUUUUCUUUUACUGUCCAGAGAACUCCCAUCGGCUGCCAGGUUCUAUGCUGAGCUGUUGUAGCCCGACAGCAGGGAAAUCGCGACUCUGCCUUCUGGGACGAAGCCAUAGGGCAGCCUCCAACUACAAGCGCCCCGGCUCAGUGAACGGUUGAGGGGUGGAACUGGGGCCAGGACAUGGACUCCGGGACACAGCCUCUGCGCACGAACUGACGGCGGGGGGAGGUGCGAGAGAGAACUCUUCAGGUGUCACCACGGCGGGAAGGUGCCGCGCUCCCCGCCCCGCUCGCUCGGAGUCAACAUGGCCGCCUCGGCGGGAGGCGGGGCAGCUUGGAGUCCGGGCAGGAGCGGGGCGGGGCUGCCGUCGGUGGAGCCAGCGCGCGUGCGCAGGCCGCUCGGAUCCCGGAUGGAGGUGUUGCGGCUCUGGCCCCGCUGGGGAGGUUGGGACGGAGUGACGCUGAGCUCCCGGCGCCGGGUUUGGAGCCCUGGAGUUCUGGGGGGAAGGCGAAGCUGUCAACGGAGGCCGAGAGAAAUGAGGCGGAGGCCGCGGUGGAACGGGGAGCCCCGCCCCUCCGCCAUAGCGGCCUCCGGCGCCGCCUCUUCCUUUGACGGCCCCGCGCCCUCGCCUGCUUCCGGCCCUCUUGCCUGUCCGGGGCCGGCGCGCUCCCACGGGAGUAGCCCCUGGGCCUUGGCUUUGGGGUGAGCUUGGUUGCCCGGUGCCCAUUAGGGACUGUGUCCGGAAGGAGCGGACGGAGAAGGGGCUUCGGACACCACAGGGCUGGCGGAGGGCGGCCCCUGACGGCGAGCGCCCUCGAGGCCUCUGGCCCUGACGACCCUGGCCUAAGCAGCUUGACCCACAGAGGGUCCAGGCCCCCAGUGCGACAGGCUUUCCCGAGUUCUGAGCUAGGGCCGUCCGCCCUCAGCGCACCCAGCAAGAGCGGGCUUGGAGGCAGCACUGGGCCAGGCUGUGGGGGGCCUGGGCUGUAGCCCUGGAGUCUGGCGGGGCGUGAGUGCCGGCACCAUGAGGUUCACAGAAACAAGACCCACGACUCUGUUUAGGCAGCCUUGGGUGUGGCACUUGACCCUAGUGAGCCUCAGUGUUCACAUCCAUAAAAUGGCGAUGGUAAUUAUACCUGCCUCGCGGUGUCUGAUGGGCUCGCCGGGGCCUGUUCAUCUCACGGGAAAAUGAAGGAGUGAAACCAGGGGAUCUGCCAGUUAAAAGCGAUCUGCGAAUUGGCCGAAGGGUUGUCGGGAGGCGAGCUUGGCGAGGAGCUGAGACGGAGAAUUGACUGGCUUGCUUUCGCUUUUAUUUGGGUCACGUGUAAGCUAGGUAGGGGCCACGAGCCUAAGGUGGGCGCUGAGGCUAGAGGUUGGCUCCGGACAGAGGAGGAAUGCGGGUUUGGGCCAGGGGCAGAGAGUUUGGGAGGCCGAGGGAGCUCAGUGCUGGUAGCCACACUGCUGGAUUCCUGGUGGUUACAGGAUGUGGCCCCUGGACCCGUCCCGGAGAGAGGUGCUGCGGUUUGCGGUCAGCUGCCGUGUUCUGACUCUGGUGCUGCAGGCUCUCUUCAAUGCCAUCAUCCCAGAUCACCACGCCGAAGCGUUCGCUCCUCCUCGCCUGGCCCCCUCGGGCUGCGUGGACCAGUUUGUGGAAGGUCUCCUGGGCGGCCUGUCUCGCUGGGAUGCUGAGCACUUCCUGUUCAUUGCCGAGCACGGUUACCUCUAUGAGCACAACUUCGCCUUCUUCCCUGGCUUCCCCUUGGCCCUGCUGCUGGGGACUGAAGUGCUGAGACCCCUGCGGGGGUUCCUGAGCCUGCGCAGUUGCCUGCUGAUUUCAGUAGCACUGCUCAAUUCCUUGUUCUCUGUGCUGGCCGCAGUCGCACUGCAUGACCUGGGCUGUCAGGUGCUGCACUGUCCCCGCCAGGCCUUGUGUGCAGCGCUGCUCUUCUGCCUCAGCCCCGCCAGCGUCUUCCUGGCGGCCGGCUACUCGGAAGCUUUGUUUGCUCUCCUGACCUUCAGUGCCAUGGGGCAGCUGGAGCGGGGCCGGGUCUGGACGAGCGGACUCCUCUUCGCCCUUGCCACCAGCGUCCGCUCCAACGGGCUGGUCAGCGCUGGCUUCCUCGUGCACUCUCAGUGCCGAGGCUUCUGCUCUGCUCUGGGGGUGCGGAGUCUGCCGAGACAGCUUUGUAAGCUGGGGGCCUCCGUGCUGCUGUCCGUGCUCACAGUCAGCCUUCCCUUCGCGCUCUUUCAGUAUUAUGCCUACAGCCAGUUCUGCCUGCCAGGCACAGUCCUCCCCAUCCCUAAGCCCUUGGUGCAGCUGGCCACAGACAAGGGCUAUCGGAUUGCAGGGGGACACGAGCCCCCUUGGUGUUCCUGGGACCUUCCCCUAGUAUACAGCUAUAUCCAGGAUGUCUACUGGAAUGUUGGCUUUUUGAGGUACUAUGAGCUCAAGCAGCUGCCCAAUUUUCUACUGGCUGCACCAGCGGCUUUUCUGGUUGCCUGGGCAGCUUGGACAUACGUGACCACCCACCCUUGGCUCUGCCUUACACUUGGCCUUCGAAGGAUCAAGAAUAGUGAGAGCCUCGAGAAGCCGGAUGCCGGAUUCCUCAGUCCUCAGGUGUUUGUGUACGUGGUGCACGCGUCAGUGCUGCUGCUGUUCGGAUGGCUGUGCAUGCACGUCCAGGUUCUCACCAGGUUUUUGGGCUCCUCCACUCCUAUCAUGUACUGGUUUCCAGCCCACUUGCUUCAGGAUCAAGAGCCACUGUUGAGAUCCCAGGAGACUGUGCCAUGGAAGCCUCCUGCGGGGGACUUCCCACCAGGACAGAUGGUCCCCAGAAAUUCUAUCGUGGGACUUUUGUACAACUGGAAAACCUGUUCUCCAGUCACACGCUACAUUCUAGGCUACUUCCUGACUUACUGGCUCCUGGGACUACUCCUGCAUUGCAACUUCCUGCCUUGGACUUGACCUGGACUCCGAAGGGCCAUGCUGGAGGCUUAACCCAGAGACCUGAAAGUCAGACUGUACAUGGGGCGUGCCUGCGCUGCUGGCAGUCGUGACGGUUCGAGCCCUCUCACGCCCUGAUGCUGGGUAGGAAUUUGAGAAGUGGGAGUCACUCGAGAGCCCCUUCUGGCGCUGGUCAGGGCAGGUUUUAGAGUGACCGUUUGGGCUCUACGUGAGGAGACCUUAUUUCAAGUUUGAAGCACACACCUGAAUCUGUCUUGAGCCAGCAUAGUGAAGACAGCGCUAAACCUAUUGCUGAUCCCUGAUCAAUGUAAAUGCAAACUUCAUCAAAAGCUCUAGCUGUUGGUGCCAGUCCAUACGCGUGGUGCAGGCCUGAACUGUGGAGUGGCUGUAAUAACAUCUUUUCUAAAUGGACAUUGUUUCUGAUUAUUUUUUCCCAUGAAUUAUGCGUUUAUUUAUAUGAAAAAAUUUUACAAAAACAAGCAAAUUAAACAACUUUUUAUUACA